CACCUCAGAAAUGGCAACCAAUCUUUGUGUUAUGAGAUUCCAUUGCAUCCUUGGUAUCAUUAUUAUAUAAAUAAGUGAAAAGAACACCCUUCAACGGGGUAUAGAGACGAGUUAGCUCAGGCAUGGCAAGAACCACUUUAGCUUUACUUGUUACUCUAAAACUGCUGAUUAUUUUCAUAUGUGCAGGUUGGGUUACUCUUUGGUUUCUGAAGCCAACCCAAGUAUGGACCAAAAAAUGGAAACAUGCAGAACAAAGUGCCAGUAACACAGUUUUUGGAUACUAUGGUCUUAACUUCACUGUUUACACAUUUCCAAUAAUUGCUAUUGCUAUAAUUGGACUUCUUUUCCUGGAUUUGAAAGCUGGAUAUCAAAGAAGCAGAGGUGCAAGGAGGUCAUCAAUUGUCUUCUCAAAUCCACUAGUGGUGAACAGUCUAUUGGGAAUCUUAUCCAGUGUUGAAAUACUGGUAGCUUUCUUUUUUGUCCUCUUCUUGGCAUGGACAUAUUACUCUCGCAUCUCUAGUGAUUUCAAGAAGUUGAAGCCAGACAAGUCACUGAACUUGAACAUAUGGCAACUCAUGUAUCUCAGAGUAGCAACCAGGUUUGGCCUUCUAUCAGAAGCAUGCCUGGCUUUGCUUCUUCUUCCAAUUUUGAGGGGGUUAGCUCUAUUUCGCAUACUUGGCAUUCAAUUAGAAGCUUCAAUCAGGUAUCACACCUGGGUUGGAACUGCAAUGAUACUUUUUGCUACAAUACAUGGUGCCAGCACUUUGUUUAUCUGGGGGGUCAGCAACCAUAUACAGCAUGAGAUUUUGAAGUGGCAGAAGACAGGACGUAUAUACCUUGCUGGGGAGAUUGCACUUGUUAUUGGGCUAGUUAUCUGGGUUACCUCACUUCCCCAAAUCAGAAGAAGAAAGUUUGAAAUUUUCUACUACACACAUCAUUUGUAUGCAGUCUUUCUAGUAUUUUUCUUGUUCCAUGCUGGGGAUAAGCACUUCUACACGGUCUUCCCAGGAAUAUUCCUUUUCAGCCUUGACAAACUGCUCCGAAUCAUUCAAUCACAUCCAAAAACUUGCAUGGUUUCUGCCAGAAUUUUUCCCUGCAAAGCUGUGGAGCUAAUUCUGCCCAAAGAUCCAAGGCUGAAGUAUAACCCUACUAGUGUUAUGUUUUUGAAGAUAGCAACCAUAUCUCAUCUUCAGUGGCAUUCUUUCAGUAUAAUAUCUAGUUCCAAAGCUGAUGACCACACGAUGUCUGUGAUAAUCAAAUGUCAAGGGUCAUGGACUAACACUCUUUAUGACCUGAUACAAGCUGAACUAAACAAAGGUGCUGACAAGAGGAAGGGUAUACCUGUUGCAAUUGAAGGACCUUAUGGUCCAGCUUCAUUUGACUAUUUAAAAUAUGACAGCUUACUUCUGGUUGCUGGAGGAAGUGGAAUAACCCCAUUUCUGAGCAUUUUGGCAGAAGUUGAUUCAGCUGCCAGCAGAAACAGAUUUCCCUUGAGAAUACAACUUGUAUAUGUCAUAAAGAAGGCACAAGACUUUUCUCUGUUACAUUCAAUCUCACACAUGUUACUCAAAGAAUCAACUGAAAAUUUUCAUUUGAAUCUAAAAUUGUUUGUAACACAAGAAACACAAGAAGGGAUGGGUAUUAGGGAGCUAUUUCAUGAGCUGUUUAAAGUAAGAACCCUGGAAUUGAACAGUUUUUGUUCAAGUUAUGCAGCACAUGGACCUGAAAGUCCAGCUUGGAUGGCUGCCAUUGCUGGAUUUUGCUCCAUCACUUUCCUUAUUUUCCUUAUCAUGUUCAACCAUAUUAUAAUUCCAUCUGAAAAGCCCUCCAAAUUGUCCAAAGUCAAGACUGCCUCUUGGGUUGUGGAUCUAGUUCUGAUAGCUGCUUUUGUCCUAGCUUUGGCUUGUAGCACCUUGGUAGCAGUUAUCUUGAGAUGUAGAAGGCUGAAAAAAGGGAUUCAACCAAUAUCCCAGAAGGAAAUUGAACCCCUUCAUCGUUCAGCUGAAACUAGCAAUGCUCUUGAAGAACAUGAAGUCCAUUUUGGGAAAAGGCCUGACUUUAAAGAUAUAUGCAGCAAGUUCCGGAGGGAAACCAGUGGAUCUAAUAUUGGAGUUUUGGUUUGUGGACCUGAGACCAUGAAGGAAUCUGUGGCAUCUGCAUGCCAGCAAAAGUCUCAGUGUUUCAAGUUAUGUGUGAAGACAACAGAACCCAGCUUCACUUUCCACUCUCUCAACUUCACACUUUAGCAGUCCAAGUUUGACACCAGAAAAUACUAAUACAAGUCUACUGUUGUUCAAUGAUUUAGUACCUGUAUGCUUUCCAUUCAAGUUUGUGUAACUUUAUAUAUCCGUUGAACUAAACGUCAAUCCACCUUUGAGUCGACGUGUAAAAAUUUUACUUUUCCGUCAAUGCAUUGGGAUGUGUAUUUUUCUCCA